AUGUCUCGAUAUGUCAAUGAUGGUGAAUUGCAGACCGCCCGCUCCCCGCAGCCCACAGGUGAGCUGUGCAAGUCUGAUGAAGAGGUCGAGGAGAAGAUCGCCGAGCUCGAGGGUGGUGAGCAGCUGGGGCUGGUGGUGAUCAAAUGUUACUCGCUCAACCGCGCAGAUGCUCACGAGAGAUGUGACGGAGAAGGACUCGAGGAUGAGCACCGUGAGAUCGGUGGGCAGGAGGCGGCCGAGGACGAAGGUGGCUCCGGGCGCCAGGAUGACGGGGAGCAGCAGAGGAAUCCAAUGCGGAAGAGGCGUGUCCGGAGCGACACAAAGGCGUACGAGUGUGUAGGAUGCAAGAAGGGUUUUAGUUGUAAAAGUCUUCAUGAUAGGCACGUCAAAACCCACACUGGCGAGAAACUGUAUAAAUGUUACGUUUGCAGAAAGAGUUUUCGCCUGAAACAUCACCUUAAAUACCACGUCAGGACCCACACUGGCGAGAAACCGUAUGAAUGCGACACAUGUAGCAAAAGGUUUACACGGAAACAUAAUCUUGAGUACCACGUAAGGACCCACACUGGCGAGAAACCAUAUAAAUGUGACGUUUGUAACAAGGGUUUUAGUGUCAAAUAUAAUCGUGACACGCACGUCAGGGUCCACAGCGGCGAGAAACUAUUUAAAUGUGAUAUGUGUAGCAAAAGUUUUUCGCAGAAAGGAGCCCUCGACAAUCACGUUAGCAGAACCCACGCUGGCGAGAAAUAAUAUUGUGGCAUUUGUAAGAAGAGUUUUAGCACCAAAUGGCACCGUGAAUGCGAUUUCUAAAUCCACGAUUGUUACGAGCCAUAUAGAUGAAGCACCUGUACAGAGCUUUUCCGACACAGUUAAAUAUUGCUGCCUGAAUCUCCAGGACUACAUUUUUAGUAUGGUUAAUUAUAUUGUAGGAAUCAUUAGUUUUAAUUUCUGUGAAAAGUUUC